UCGCACAUAUGUUUUGUUAUUAUCGUGCGUCUCUCCCUUCGGACGGACCCAGUGGAAAGCGACACUACGUCUGAGUUGGAAGAUCUCAAGAUCGCAAGUCGGUUGGACUUUUUCGAGUGAGCUCGUACAGGAAGGCUCGACGGAAUCGUUAUGGCCACUAUGGGGACCAAGUUCCGUCCGAUAACGGAGCGUUUUCCGAAGUGUUAUCAGCAGUUCCUCGCGGACAUGAGGAGACCGCGCGCGAGAGUUAUGUGUAGGCCACCGGCAGAGAAACUUCGGUACGACGCCUCACAGCACCUAGUCUUCAAGGUACCGGAUGCCCGGAUACCAACUAUUUUCCUUCCCGAGUCUCAGCGAGGACUGUGGGGCGGUGAAGAGGCAGUCAAAGGCUUCCGUCUGAGGAAAAAAGGUCGCGGGACGGUGCCCACACUGUGGGUGCCGUACGUCACGAAGAACGUGCUCUAUUCGGAAAUUCUCGACAAGCAUUUCCAGAUCGAGACCACGGACCACGCUCUGAGGUUGAUCGAUGAGAGCUUUGGAUUCGACAACUACAUACUGAAAACUCCGGUCCAAGACUUGAAUUCGCAGAUGGCGUUAGAUAUAAGGAGAAAAAUGCUUCUGGCCAUGGCCCGCAGAGAAAUAUAUCCAGACAAUCCAGAGAGAAGAAAAGAGAUUUUGGAGAAAUAUGCGGAAUUCAUCAUACCCGAAGAAGAAGCCGAGUGGUUCGGUCUCCACAUCCGAGAAGCAACGUGGAAGCUUCUUGAGCAGGAACAAAAAGCAAAAGGUACUCCAAUGAAAGCCCAACUUCGGGCGAAAUUCAUCGAAUCGCUCAAGAACCCAACACCUCCUGCCGAGUCGUAGUUAUUAUUGUAGCUCGUUGACUAUAGAAAUAAAAACCGCGCACAUCUGCU